CUUGCUGAACACCUCCUGCCCAGCCUGGAGGUGUGGGAGGAGGGAGCGUUGGGCCUGACUGGGGAACAAGGACUCCAGGAGAAGAUAGGAGCUCCUGGGGUCACAGUCUAGAGAGGAGGAGCGAUGGGCUGCGGACCUUCCCAGCAAGCAGAGGACCAGAGCCAGAGCAGAUUACCCUCUCCCAGGAAGGGCUGGGAAGAGGGAUCCAAGGCUGAUGUCAGAGUGACUUCUUCCAAAGAGAUUUGCAGCCCCCAAACUGAAGCUGCAUGGCCCAGGGACACUGUAGACAAUGCCGAAUGUCUGGACCAACAAAUCCAGAUGGGAAGCUUGCCUGGGACUAUUCCAGAAAGUUCUCCAAAUGGGAGAGUAAAUUCAGACCCAGUGGCCAAUGAACUAAUCAAUAAACCCCAACUCCUGGAGAGUCAGGAGCGACCAAAGUCAUCAGACAUCCUGGAAGAGCUAAUUGUCCAAGGAAUCAUACAGAGCCGAAGCAAAGUGUUUAGAAAUGGAGAAUCGUAUGACGUCACGGUGGACACUACUGAAAAGCCACUGAGAAAGCCACCAGCCAGACUGAAAAAACUUAAGGUGAAAAGGGAGGUAAAGGAUUUUACAAUCCAAGACCUAGAAGAGAAGAUGCAGGCGGCAGAGGAGCGCAGAAAGAUGAAAAAAGAAGAAAUAAGAAAAAGGCAGCGGAGUGACCGACCUCUACCUGCUGCCAAUCCCUCAGAUGAUGCUGAGCUGGGCGGGGUGGAGCUUCCAUUUGCAAAAGGCCUUCCAGCUGUGAGCAGCCCUGCUCUGGAGAAGUCUUACCUGGCCCCGGAAGGAGAGCCACUCAAGAGGAAGAAGAGCGAAAGCCACAUGGCCCAGAUGAGCCAGAGCUACACCUGUGCAGGUUUGGGGCUUGUGGAGUCAGACGUGUAUUACAACCAAGAGGACAACAUAUUCUAACACGACAUUUUAAAAAUAGAUUUCACAAAAUGGUCCAUGAUCUCCUGUAGCAACGUAUGACUGUGUCUCUACCUGUAGAGGCUUCUGCCCUGGGUUUCGGAAUGGUUGUGUGAGCCGCAGGGAAUUAAUUGUAGUUGAGUGAAUUAGAGGAUGGAUUUACCAAGGAGGGGGUGGCGUAGCAAGGCUGGUGUUCCCCUUCAGAAUGGCUGCAGCACUAGGUCUGAGACAGGAAGUCCUUGCCAGCUCACGUGAAUAUGUCUGUGCCAAAAGAAAUUCUCCAUGUUCGUCUCUUACCUUGGUCGAGCCCGCUGAUGAGUCUGUCCCUCACUACAAGUUGCGUAGAUGUACAUUAUGUAUUUUAAUGUUCUGUGUGUUUCUUGUGUUUCAAUUCUCUGCUGUUAAAGAAUAAAGCAGUAUCUCGAA